AUGAUCAAAGAAACAGAAGAAGGAGAAGAAAAACAAGAAGAAUUACGCAGAUUAAUGUUACGUAAAUGGGAGGAGAGUGACGAAUUCAAGAGAUAUGUGCAACAAGGUUUGAUGAAAUUUGGUGGUGAUGCGAGUCUAGAUGCGAUGGAAGUCAAUGUACCCGUUUUGGGUAAUUUGGUGGUAACGGCGGCCUGCCGGAUCAUUAAAACGGGUAAUGGAGCACCCGAACCUGAGAACCACUGUGAUAUAGGAAGUGCCGCCUAUGUAACUGGUUGUAUUAAAUGUUUUAAGUUGUUGUGA